UCUAUGUUUUUGUACACUGAAAAAAUGUUUAUGCUAUAUUUGUUCGUCAUAGUUUAUCGGGCACAACGAAGAUGCCCUGAAUACGACGAUAAAUCAUUUUUACAUCGUUAGUGCUCACAUCAAGCCGAGAGGUGAAGAAGGCGGUGGAAUAUUUCCGACGAGAGAAGAGAAAUGGGAAGCGAUGACUUACGCCGGUUCGCUAUCUGGAUACGCGAGCGGUCACAACUACCACGGCUUGGUGUUUUCAGUCAAUACGAUAUUCGCGAAAAAACUCAGCAGAAAUAAAAUACCUCGGGUGUUUUUGACACGAGCACUGUUGGCUUCCAAGGCCAACAUUAAUGAAAUUAAAGACAUACUAACCAAUCACGGAGCCGGUACGGCAGACGCGUUUCACGUAAACGCCGGUUUCCUCGAAGGAAGCAGAUGUAACCGGGUAUUCUAUUCGAUCGAGGUGACCCCGUCGGAAACCGAUCAGAUGUCAAAAGUGAUCGUAACAUCGGUAGACACCGAAUCCAUAGCCUUUUACACGAACAAAUUACAAUUUUCGGAUUGCGAGGAACUAAAAGAAUCUGGAUGGAAAAGCAGCGUGGCCAGAGAAAAAGUGUUUGAGGAAUUACUGUUACAGGAACCAAUAUCAAGCUUGCAAGACAUUCUGAGAAUAUUGGGAUCCACUCGCGGUGGAAAAUGGCAAAUUUUUAGGGACAGGGAUAGUGAUUUUGUCAACACGAUCAAUCUCGGAGUUUUUGAUUUUAUUGAAAAAACGUGGACGAUAUGGACAAAUAAUCCCUUGACCAAUCCUCCUAUUAUAAAGCUGUCGUUAAAAUUCACGACUUUCAUCAGUCCUUUUAUAAAUGAAGAAACUGAAAACCAGCCAUAUAUUAGUAGAAUUACAUCAGGGAUUUCUGAUAUUUAUAAAAAUGGUUUGGAGAAGUUCAAAAAUAUGUUUGAUAUAAGAUUAUAUUAAUACAAAUUUUAAAUUUAAAUUUUACCAGGCUAUUAACUUCACUAAUUUAAAAUUGUAAUAACUUAAGUACAUACGCACAUAUGUUAAUUUAUUAUGCUUUAUAAUAUUUUCUUAACGCAAUUGAAUACAACAUUAGCAAAUGGUAACAACUAUA